UAAGGCGGCCGAAACCUUUUCUCCAACUGCAGGUGGCACAAACCCAACAAACAAACAACACGGACGUUCAACCAGACCGGUUCACCUUCGCUCAAAGAUUCAAACUCCUCAACAAGUUCAAGCCGGUCGAUGUCUGCCAGAGCCUGGGGCGAGAAGAAAAUGUCAACCGUCCAAGUUAAAAAUACCGUGUCGCAUCCGAGUGGUCAAAACCUCAGGCCGGCGGCUAAAAAUGGCCGCAAUUCAAAAACACCUGGCCUCCGUCUGUCAGGGACAAAGGGGAGGGAGACGAGCUCAACUGUGCCGACCCGGGGGGGCCCGUUGGGCUUCAAGUUGCCCAGGCCCGACUCACAGAGGGAGGCCGGGAGCCGGCCCCUGAGACGCCCCCCAAAGCUCGCGCCACUGGAGCUGCCAGAGGAGGCUCGGGAGGCUCGGAGGCGAAAACUUAAGUUGAUCCAGCAAGAGGUCGAACCUGCCGACCACGAGCUGGAUGUGAGGGCAACGGAGCCCCCUGCAGGGCAGUUGAAAUCCUGCGCUAGACGGGGCCCGGUGAAAGCUGCAGCAGGUUGCCCCCCUGCUUCCACCGAGCCGCUCAAAGCCCAACGGCGACACACACCUUCGAGGCCCGGGGGGACGCGCCCCGUCCCCGUACAGCGAUGCGUCCCCGCAAAGCGCCCCGUCCUCGUAAACCGCUGCGUCCCCGUUAGCCGCUUAGUUCCCGUAGAGUGCUCCGUCCCCGCAAAGAGCCGCGUCCCCGUAAACCGCCCCGUCCUCGUAAACCGCUGCGUCCCCGUUAGCCGCUUAGUUCCCGUAGAGUGCUCCGUCCCCGCAAAGAGCCGCGUCUCCGUAAACCGCCCCGUCCUCGUAAACCGCUGCGUCCCCGUUAGCCGCUUAGUUCCCGUAGAGUGCUCCGUCCCCGCAAAGAGCCGCGUCCCCGUAAACCGCCCUGUCCUCGUAAACCGCUGCGUCCCCGUAGGGCACCUGGAGGACGUGGUGGCGUGUCGAGGUGCCACGGCUCCUCUGCGCAGAAAGCCCGCCCCUCCCACGCUCUCCCGGCGGGUUAAAGCUCAAGCCGAACGCGCCGCGGAGGCGGCACGCAAAAACCACAGCGCCCUACCACCGCCGGAGGAGGGGAGGCUGAGGCUGAGGAGAGCACAAUGCCCGAAAGAGGAUCAGGGCAAUUCAAACACGUCAACCGGGGGAUUAUCUGCAGAUAAAGGCGAGCUCGGCGAGAGGGCUCCGAGAGUCCGGCCGCACGCUAUUGAAAAGGCUUCGAGGAGCAUCCCGCGGCCCCCUCCGAUCCCCCGGUGUGUGUGCAACGAUCUGAUCGGGUGGGCGCACGCACUGCACGAAGCCAGUUACAUCGUUAUAUGGUCCAGGGAAAUGAAACGGGGCAGAUGCUCUUCAAAGAAAAUAUGAGUUGGUGUGAUGAGUUAAACAGCAGCAGGCAAGGACCGGCCUCACUUUUAUUAGGUUGAAUUCUAAGAUGUAUAUAUGUACGUGUCCACAUGCGACCCUUCAAUAAAUAAAAGAAGUUCAUGUGAACAUUCAA